AUGGAAGAUCCACAGAGAGAACGCCAGCGGAUGGUACGGCGCCACCACCUCGAGAAGAAAGAGCUGCAGGCCCGCAUCCAGGCCAUGAAGAACUCGGUCCCAAAGAGCGACAAGAGAAGAAGAAAGCAGUUGUUCCUAGAAGUAGCCCGCCUCGAGGCCGAGAUGGAGCAGAAGCACUGCCAGGAGUUGGAGAAGUUCCAGGAGAGCUUCCCUGACAACAGCAACCUCGAGGGUGUCGCUGAAAAUCUUGCCAAGAUGGAUCUCGAGAACCAGCCUCCCCGCCAGUCCAGGGAACAGAAAAGGCGCGAAAGAAGGGCGGCCUUGGUGAGGGAACGCCAGGAGAGGGUCCUCGAGUCUGAGAUGGAGCAUCUCGCUGGUUUCCGCCGCGACGAGGAGGAGAAGCUCUCAGUCAUCUUGGGGGCCAAGAAUCUGGAGAUGAAGAAUAUGCCGGCCGACGGCCACUGCAUGUACCGCGCCAUCCAAGACCAGCUGGUGUUCUCCGUGACCGUGGAGAGCUUGCGGAGCCGCACCGCUGACUACAUGCAGAGGCACAUCGAUGACUUUCUGCCCUUCUUCAGCGACUCCGAAACCGGCGACGCCUACAGCCGCGAUGAAUUCUUGAGCUACUGCAAGGACAUCGUGCGAAACGCGUCGUGGGGAGGCCAGCUCGAGCUGAGGGCCCUGUCGCACGUCCUGCAGACCCCUAUCGAGGUGAUCCAGGCCGACUCGCCCGUUGUCGUCAUCGGGGAGGAGUACGCCAAGAAGCCGCUGGUCCUCGUCUAUGUGCGCUACGCCUGCAACCUCGGCGAGCACUACAACUCCGUGAAGCCGCUGGAGGCAAGCGCCGUCGGGGGUGCAGCCCCCCGCCUCUUCUAG